AUGUACGAAGAGGAAGAGCUGUCCCAGUUCUCUAACCCGGAGUUCAACAAGGACGGCAUUGCCGUCUAUCCGAACAGCAAGAAUGGCUACUGGCUGUCGCACCCCAAGGCGGACACUUCGCGCCCGAAUGAUCUGGACUUCACCAACGACCUGUUGACCCAUAUGGAAGAGAAGCUCUGCAUCGACACAAGCAAAGUCUAUGCCGCAGGCAAGUCAAAUGGCGGAGGCUUCACCGGCGUACUCGCUUGCAAUGCCACCGUGGGUAGCCGCUUCGCUGCGUUUGCUGCCGUCAGUGGCGCGUGGUACGACACCGACGACAUCCCCGGCGUGGGCCCCUGUGCGCCUGCGGUGCGCGUGGAAGGAUAUCCUUUCCUCGAGUUUCACGGCACCAUCGACACCACCGCUCCCAUUGACGGCAAUACGAAGGAAUCCCCCAAGCUGCCCGUCAUCGAUAUCCUCGAGGGCUGGGCAGAGCGGAAUGGAUGUGGAGGCGAUGCCAAGUGGGCCAGGAAUGAGACCGUGUUCCACCAGCCGCUAGUCAAGCAUGCCAGCUGGGAUUGUUAUGGCAAGAAGGGUAUUGUGCAGCACUACCGUGAAGGAGAUAAUGGUCACUGCUGGCCCUCGACGGUGAGUAAUGAUGACUAUGAGAGACUGUCUUCCCAGUGUCCGCUGGGCAAGUAUGUCUUCAACGCCACCGAGUAUAUCUUCGACUUUUUUAGUCAGUACCGACUGAACAGGUGCGCUGCCCCAAUAAUGACGAAAAGUGGAAAGCUACUGACAAGAAUUAGCCCUGCUACUGCCGAUUAUGUGUAA